GCCUCACCCGAGCUCACGUGGGACUGCUCGCGCACGCGCGGACGGGAGCCGAAGGGAACUCCGGGAGCAGUUCUCCCUGUGCACAUAGGUGGGGUACUGCCUACAAAUGAAAUCGCUAGAUUGAAAGGGCCAAGUGAGGAGACCCUGGCAUAGCAAACCCAAGGCAGCUGUGUGUAUGCCAGGAGUUUUUUCACAUGGCUUCCAAGGAAGUGACCAUCACAGUUCGCCUUAUUCGAUCCUUUGAGCAUCGGAACUUCAAACCUGUGGUAUAUCAUGGAGUUAAUUUCGACCAGACUGUAAAGGAAUUUAUGGUAUUUCUGAAGCAAGAUAUUCCUUUAAGGACCAGCCUGCCACCACCAUUCAGAAAUUAUAAAUAUGAUAAAUUGAAGAUUAUUCAUCAAGCACAUAAAUCAAAGACAAAUGAACUUGUGCUGAGUUUGGAAGAUGAUGACACACUCAUGUUGAAAGAAGACCGCACUCUGAAGGCAGCUGGAAUCGCCAAUGAAACUGAAAUUGCAUUCUUCUGUGAAGAAGAUUAUAAGAACUACAAAGCUAAUCCCAUUUCAUCCUGGUGAAAACCUCACGGGGCUUCCUUUUUGCAUGCCUAUCUUAAGCUUUUUAUUCCACUAGUGAGUUUUUAAAUUGACAAAUAAACUUUAAAAAUUAAUCAUG